AUGCCUCGGCGCGUGACCUCCGCAGCGGAGGUCGUUGCGCUGCUUCGUGAGGAUGGCUAUUGCAUCCUCGAAAAUGCUGGCACCUCCCAGACCGAGGCGGCGGCGUUGCCGCGGCGGAUCUUUGGAGAGACCCUGGCCGCAGCACCAGAGCCGGCCGAAGUUUCCCAGCGCAUUUUAGGCGCCCGGGGUAUCAACAAGGACGACACCUUUCGUGCACAUACUGACGGCCAUGCCUAUGGAGAUUUGUUUCCUGAUUUCUUCCUCCUGCUCUGUGCCCAUGCCAGUGAGAAGGGAGGGGGGAACUUCGUAAUUGAUGGCUACAGUGUCAUUGAUAGCCUGGCAGCGGCAGCGGACACUGCCUGGGUGGCAAAAGCGCUGGAGGAAACGCCUAUCGAGCAGACUUCAAGAGUCCCUAGCAUCACGCCGGUUGUUCUACGAGCUCCUGAUGGACGCCGGGCGUUACGGUGUCGCCUGUCAGGUCCUCCUGCGGCCUUCGCGGCGCAGAGAGUGAGUCCCAAUUCUGACAACCCGGACCAGGACUCGCGGAUGUUGGCCAUUUACCAUGAGGCCGUUGAGACGGCUGCCCAAGCGGCAGACCGGAUCUAUCUAAAGCCAGGGGAUGCAUUGGUCGUGGACAACUACCGUAUGUUCCAUGGCCGUGACCCCUACACAGAUCCAAGCCGCUUGUUGUGGCGCUGUUGGAUUUGGACAUCUGCGUCAAGAGGUGUCCCACGUGCCGAGUUGCAUUCCACACCGGGCAACACAGCAGGCGUCGUCUGCUCCGAUGAGGCACCUUCCAAGAAACAGCGUGUGGAGGCCACCACGAAGCAAUGGCGGCGAGAGCUCAUGAGGUCCGACCAGUACUACAAAUUUGGCAGGACCCAAAUGGAAAAUGCCAUGAAUCAGCUGCAGGAGGUCAGUGGCAGCGAGCUACUGAGCAAGAUCCGGCAGAAUGGCUUCCGCCUGACAGUCGGGGACGUGACUUUCGUUCUGGCUGAGUCUUACGGCUUUUGUUGGGGCGUGGAGCGAGCUGUUGCGAUGGCGUAUGAGGCUAGGGACUUUUUUCCAGACAAGAACAUUUGGGUCACGAAUGAGAUCAUUCACAACCCUUCGGUGAACAGUAAUCUGUCCGACAAGGGGAUGCGGUUCGUCGAGACGACGUCGGACGGCGGCAAGGAUUACUCCGGUGUGGAGGAAGGCGAUGUCGUUAUUCUGCCGGCCUUUGGCGCUUCCAUCGACGAGAUGGCACUGCUGAAGGAGCGCAACGUUCAGAUAGUGGACACGACGUGCCCCUGGGUGUCCAAGGUCUGGGCUUCGGUUGAGCGGAGCAAGGACAAGGAUCACACCGCCAUCAUCCAUGGCAAGUAUGACCACGAGGAGACAGUGGCCACAAAGUCCUUUGCAGAGAAGUACAUUGUACUGAAGAACAUGACAGAAGCUGAGUACGUUGCGGCCUACAUGCUGGGACAAGGCGACAAGGAGGAGUUCAUGGCCAAGUUCAGCAAGGCCAUGAGCCCGGGCUUCGACCCAGACCUUGACCUGGACCGGGUGGGGGUGGCCAACCAAACAACCAUGCUGAAGGGCGAGACGGAGCUCAUUGGCAAGCUCUUCGAGCGGACCCUCAUCAAGAAGUACGGCCCGCAGAACAUCAACGAGCACUUCAUGUCCUUCAACACCAUCUGCGAUGCCACUCAGGAGAGACAGGAUGCCAUGUACAAGAUGUUUGGUGCGGAGUACGAGGCGGAUCGGCAUCAUCGUAAGGAAGAAAGGCUUUAG